AUGGAAAAGUACCAGAUUUUGAACCAGCUGAAUCCUGGGGCCUUGGGGGUGAACCUGGUGGUGAAGAAGACAGAAACCAAAGUAAAAUUCUUGAUAAAGCAGGUGGAAUGCAUUGACGAUCAUCACGCCAAUGAGGCCCUGGAAGAGCUGAUGCCCCUGCUGAAGCUUCGGCACGCCCACGUCUCCUUCUACCGGGAGAUGUUCAUCACGUGGAACGGCCAGAUCUCCUCUUUGUUCCUCUGCCUCGUGAUGGACUACAGCAAGGGAAACUUCCAGAAGAUCAUCGAGAGGAGGAGGGAGGAAAGGACAAUCGUUGACUCAGAGUGGAUGCAGAACAUGCUGGGCCAGGUGCUGGACGCUCUGGAUUACCUGCAUCAGCUGGAUAUCAUCCACAGAAACCUCAAGCCCUCCAACAUCGCCCUGGUCAACAUCAACCACUGCAAACUGCAGGACCUGAGCUGCAACGCACUGAUGACCCACAAAGCCAAGUGGAACAUCCGAGCAGAGGAAGACCCCUUCCAGAAGUCCUGGAUGGCACCCGAAGCCCUCCACUUCUCCUUCAGCCAGAAAUCCGACAUCUGGUCCCUGGGCUGCAUCAUUCUUGACAUGGUCAGCUGCUCCUUCAUGGAGGCCACAGAAGCCAUGUUGCUUCGAAAGUCCAUCCGGACCCUCCCGGACAGCCUGAACUGUGUCCUAAGGACCAUGGAGGAGAGGCGGGUCCCCCACGCCAAGACCUUCAGUUCCCUUUUGCCCCAGAUGCUGCAGAUCAACCCCUCGGAGCGAAUCACAGUCAGGGACAUCAUCCAACUCACCUUCAUGAACAGCAACUUCAGGUGCCUGAGUGUCUCCAUGAUGCUGCACCGGCGGGAGGUGCCUGCAUUCAUCUCUGACAUACUUUUGGAAGGCCAUGUGCCCAGCAUUUUAGAGGUCAUGCAGAAUUUCUCCAGCCGGCCCGAAGUCCAGCUCAAGGUCAUGAACAGGCUCCUGAGAAUGCCUGAUGACCAGCUAGGUCUGCCGUGGCCGAUGGAGGUGGUGGAGGUGUUGCUGAUCAUCAUGAAGCAGCACGAGAGGCUCCUUGACAUCCAGCUGUGCGCCUGCUCCCUGCUGCUGCGCACCUUGGGCCAAGCACUGGCGCAGGACCCGGCCGCCGAGGUGCCGAGGGACAGCUCCAUCGCCUCUGUCCUGCUGAGCGUCAUGUGGAGGCACCCGGAGGCCCAGCAGCUCGUGGUCAUGGUCUACAGUCUCCUCGCCAUUGUCUGCAGCCAGGAGUGCGAUGCAGAGGAGCUGCAGAAGGCAGGGCUGUUUGAACACAUCCUGGAGCGCCUGGACACCUCCAGCAACAAGGACAUCUGCAUCACCGGCCUGAGCCUGCUCUGGGUCCUGCUGGUGGAUGCUGUCACUGUGAGCAAGGCCUCCUUGGAGAAAGCCCCCGUCCUCAUUGCUAGGCUGCUCGCCACCUACCCUGCGGAUGCGGAGAUGGCUGAAGCCGGCUGUGCGGUCCUCUGGCUGCUGUCCUUGCUAGGCUGCAUAAAGGAGCACCUGUUUGAAGAAGUAGUGUCCCUGUUCCUGCAAAGCAUCCGGCUGUGCCAGGACAGAGUCCUGCUGGUGAACAGCGCCUACCGAGGGCUGGCGAGCCUUGCUAAGGUGUCCGAGAUGGCGGCACUGCGGGUGGUGGCGCCACAGGAAGAAGGCAGCGGCCUUACCCUCAUCAAGGACACCUACAAGCUUCACAAGGACCACCCUGAGGUGGUGGAGAACCUGUGCUUGCUGCUGGUCCACCUCGUUUCCUACCAGGAUAUCCUGUCUGAGCUGGUGAGCAGUGGCAUCCAGCCCCUUGUCCAGGAUAUCAAGGAGCGCUUCACCUCCAGCCUGGUGAGUGUUGGCAGGGCCUCCACAAACCAGGCCUCACACCCACCUCUAUGGCCCACAGAACCAGGUUUAUGUGGGAGUGACCUGGAUCACUGUCUGUGGUUCCAUGUCUAAAUCCUGAGGAGGGGAAUCAGAGUUCCUCAAAGACAAGCGGUGAAGCCACAGACCUACCUGUCUCCUCCUCCCAGGAGCUGGCCUCCUAUGCACAGAGAGUACUCCUGAGACUGGAGGUGGCCGGGCUGCCCCGCUCUGCCAGGGGGCAGCAGGCUUCAGCCAGAGGUAGAUCGCCCAUGCCCGUCUCCCACCCAGUGCCUUCUCUCGAGGCUCAUAAAGCUGCCCACUGAAAUGGCAUUUUCCUUAGGGAUGGGAGGGGGUGGCUGUGGUGCUGGAUUCUAGUCUCUGUACAAGGC